CGGGCGCAUCCCAGCGGACUCUGUCGGAAGUCGGGGCGGCGGCGUUCGCCGCCGGCCAUGGCCGUGCCCGCCGCGCUGCUCAGCCCCCACCACCUCCUCUCCUUCUGCUUCCCCGCCGCCGGCGGGCUCCUGGGCUAUGCCGACCUGGAGAAGGGCUACGAGGGCGGCGGCGGCGAGGCGGGGGACUUUAGAGAAGCCACCCGGGACCUGCUGAGCUUCAUCGACUCGGCUUCCAGCAACAUCAAGCUGGCGCUGGACCGGCCGGUGAAGUCCCGGCGGAAGGUGAACCAUAGGAAGUACCUGCAGAAGCAGAUCAAGCGCUGCACCGGCAUCAUCGCCGCCGCCGCCCCGCCGCCGCCCGCCGCCUGCCCCCCGCCGCCUAAGGCGGGCGGCAGCGGCGCGGGCGGCGGGGAGAAGGCGGCGGGCGGCCCGCGGAAGGUGCCGCUGCGGGACCGCAACCUGCCGCCCUCCUUCUUCACGGAGCCGGCGCUGCCCGGCCCCGCCGCCCGCGGGCCGCCCGCCAAGGAGCCGGAGAAGGGCGGCGGGGGCGGCGGCGCGGAGGCCACCGAGUUCUUCGAGCUGCUGUGCCCCGAGUACGGCGCGCUGCUGCCCGAGCACGCCGCCCCGACCGACGCCUUCGGCGGCCGCCUGCCCGCCGAGCUGGGGCUGGAGCACGGGCUGUACGAGCUGCCGCUGCCCGCCGGGCCGCACCCGCUGCUGGGCGGGCUGCUGUACCCCGAGCCGCCCUGGAGCCCCGCCGCGCCCUGCAGCCCGCCCAGGAAGGCGCCGGCCGAGCCGCUGCGCCCGAUCUACCCCGGCGGCGCCGAGCCCGUGCCCGGCGGCAGCGAGGAGCCCGGCGGGCACCUGCCCGCGGGGUUCGCCCCCUUCUUCCCCGAGUGCCCGCUGCCCCCGCCGCAGCCGCCCUACGACUACGGCGGCGGGUACCACCGCGGGGGCUACCCCGGGCUGUAGGGCGGCCGGGGCUCGGGGUCCGCCGGGACGGCGAGGCGGGAGCGGAGCCCGGAGCCCCGCGGGGGCGGCGGACGCUGGGGCGGCGCGGAGGCCGCACGGGGCUCCGCACACUCCGCUCGUGUGAGAGCCCCGCGGCCACGGCCCCCGCAGGAUUCACCCUUGUGCACUGCCAGUCUCCUCCUCCUGCGGUUUGGGCGACGCUGCAAAUAAAAUGUGAAACUUUGGGUUUCUUCAGGUCUUUUUGUAGCGGCCGGUGCCCCCCUUUCAUCCUCCUUCCUUGGGGCCAGGGCUUGGCUGCCUGUAGGCAGACGCGUUGCUGCACCUGUAGGCGACGUGGGGACAGGGGCUGCGCUCCUCAGAGGCCGCGGGGACCACUCGUCAGUGAUUUUAGUCUAAAUCUAAAGCUCGUGUCAACACUUGAGGUGUGUUUAGCGUUUUUCCCAGGCUCACGUUUGUCACAAGUGCUGGCAGGUGUUCAGCUGAGGACACAAAGAUGGGAAAGCAAAAUUAAAAAUGCUGCUACCAAAACUCAGUGUACUGAAAUUUUAACAGCGUCUUGCAGGAUCUUGCAAAAAGGCAAUUUACAGCGAUUUGUAAGUUAAUUGAUGGUGUAAGUUCGGGAGAAAAAUGUACUGUAGCCACUGCGGCCAUGUGAUUCCUACAGACUGUUGGAUUUCUUCCAGGAAUGUGUCAAAGCUCAGAAAGCGAUGCAGCUCCGUCUCAUUGUGUACAGGAGAUUAUUUGAUAAUCAUUUAAGUUAUGUAAAAAGAGUCUAUGAUAGGUCCUAUAAAAAUAAAGCUACACAAUAGA